UGAAAAUUUCGAAUACGAUUCUUGGAAAAAAUCUCUUUACGUAUUUAAUGAAGUCUACAUUUUAUGGUCAUUUUGUUGCUGGAGAAGAUGAAAUAAAAAUUGCGCCGGUACUCGAAAGAUUGCGACAGUUCGGUGUUAAACCAAUCCUUGAUUACUCGGUAGAAGAAGACAUUUCUCAAGAGGAAGCUGAACGACGUGAAUUACAGGCAUCCGUAUCUGAGGCUGGUGAUGAAAAAAGUUCCGGAACAAUAAAAAAAUACCACGUGGAAAAAUCUUUCGCUGAUAGACGAUACAAAGUAUCCUCCGCGAGAACAUAUUUCUACUUGAAUGAAGCUUCUUGUGAAAGGAACAUGGAUAUUUUUAUUAAGUGUCUUGAGGCAGUAGCACAUAAUUCACAUGGAACAGGCUUUACGGCGAUAAAACUAACUGCUCUUGGAAGGCCACAGCUUUUGCUACAACUGUCUGAGGUAAUUAUGCGUGCACGUCAGUACGUCUCGGAUGUCGUGGGUGGCGAGGGCGCCGUAUUGGCACACCACGCCAAACCUGAAAUUUUUGAGAAAAAGUUUGAAGAGGCGCACAUAAGAGAGUCCGCUCCUGUUCAGAAAUUCUUGAAAAAGAUUCAGUCAGACAAAGAAGGAAACGUCAUCCAUUUAUUUCCAUGGAGUGGUAUUUUGGACGAGAACUACGAGUUAAGCGAGACUUUCCAAGUGCCGGAUAUCAAGACGGGACAAAUGGUUAAACUAAUGACCCAAUUAACAACGAAAGAAGAGGAAAUGUUUCGAAAUAUGGUUAGACGACUCAAUACUAUUGUAGCGACGGCCGAUAAACUGGAUGUGCGCAUCAUGAUAGACGCAGAGCAGACUUACUUCCAACCGGCUAUUUCUCGAUUGACACUGGAGAUGAUGCGCAAGUACAAUACAAAGAGGGCCGUGGUCUUCAACACGUACCAGACAUACCUACAGGAUGCGUUUAUGGAGGUUAAGACUGAUCUCGAACAAGCUGAACGUCAGAACUUCCACUUUGGUGCCAAGAUAGUGCGGGGUGCUUAUAUAGAGCAGGAGAGAGCUCGAGCUGCAGCAAUGGGCUACGCAGAUCCGACGAAUCCUUCCUACGAAGCUACUACGGAAUCAUAUCACAAAACUCUUAUGGAGUGUCUACGCAGAAUGAAGCAGUACAAAGACAAAGGCGAAGAUUGCAACAAAAUUGGUAUCAUGGUGGCUUCGCACAAUGAAGAUACAGUGCGCUUCGCUAUUGAAAAAAUGAAGGAAAUCGGUAUUUCGCCCGAAGAUAAAGUUAUUUGUUUUGGUCAACUAUUUGGCAUGUGCGAUUACCUGACAUUCCCACUUGGUCAGUCCGGUUAUUCAGCCUAUAAAUACAUACCAUAUGGACCUGUGAAUGAGGUGCUACCGUAUUUGUCCCGACGAACGCAGGAAAACCGCGGCGUACUUAAGAAGAUCAAGAAAGAAAAGAAUUUGUUGCUGUCUGAAAUAUUUAGACGUAUCAUUAAGGGCAAGAUCUUUUACAAACCCAAGGGCAAUUACAUCCCGGUAUGAACGCCUCCAAUACCGGAUAUCGUGUGCCGCGCAUGCGAUCCGAAGACCUUAGUUAGUGUGAACACGGCUUAAAAUUCGCGACCGAUAUAAAGUAAAUAGAAAAAUGUAAAAAACAAAAAAAAAAAAAAAAAAAUUAACAAAAA